AUGAGAAAAACUGCUAAUGAAAUGAUGAGCAUUUGCUAUUCUUACGGCCUCUUUCACCUCAGCUUCACUGGCAUUGUGCCUGUCAUAUAUAUAGGAUAUUCUCCCUUAAGUUGGAAUGGCCAUGGACAUGGUUCUGAGCUUCUCACCAUCCCAAUUCCGAAGCUCUCUAUUACCAUUCGGCGCCAUUGCACUGCCAUAAACUCCGCCACGCUGGACUGCGUCGUGGUUGGCGGCGGCAUCACCGACCUCUCCUCCAACCACUCAAUUCCCAAUGUAGUUCUCACGGGACGGCUUUCUCUGGAAAGAAGGUCCCAACAGCUUCCAACCCUCCGAUUCUAUGAUCAAUUCCUGGAUCAUGAGGAAUCAGUUCAGGAAUUCGUGUGCCGCAAUCUUGAUGACGAGGUUUUUGAGCGUUUGAUAGAGCCUUUUUGUUUAGGUGUAUAUGCAGCUGAACUAAGUCUAAGUAUGAAAGCAGCAUAUGGGAAAAUUUGGAAGCUGGAGCAAAAUGGUGGUAGCAUUAUCGGUGGCUCUUUCAAAGCAAUACAGGAGAGAAAUAAGUCAUCUUGUAGGCAUCUCCCAAAGCCAAAGGGUCAAACUGUUGGAUCUUUUCGAAAAGGGAUGGGCAUGUUGCCAGAGGCAAUUUCUGCAAGGUUAAGCAACAAAGUUAAGUUAUCUUGGAAGCUUUCAAGUAUUAACAGAGUGGAAAGUGAACAUUGUUGCGCCCUUCAUCCGUUAGUUUCUUUCUUGAGUUGGAUUAUAUUCAUUAUCUAUGCUAUGGUUGUUUUACUUGUGGAAUCUUUUUACAUUGUGUUUGACAUAAUCAGAUUCUAUCUUUUCUUUUAUAGAGUUGCAACGAGAAUGUAAUAAUAGAGCACACACACACAAUGACAAGAAUUAGCCUACAUGAAAAUACUUUAGUAUGUAUUUUGAUCAAAAUUAUUGUGUAGCCUACGAAUAAAUGAUCUAAUACAACUAGAAUUUUAAUAAUGUCCCUUGUGGAAGUGGUCUAAUAGAUGAUGGUGGUGGCAGUGGUGGCAGUGGGGUGGUGUUAGUCUUUGCAUGUUUCAGUCUGUGUGUACAUGCAUAUGCAUGAGCAUCUUUGGUUGCACAUGGUUUACUUAAAUUAAUAUGAACAUGAUUGCUUUGAUAUGCAUUUUUUCCCCAAAAAAGAAGGAAUGUUAUACACUCCAUCAAUCUCUAUUAUUGUUUUUCUAAUCCAAAUAUGUAUAGCAACAGAGGCAUAAUACUGCAGAACAUGAUUAAUGAACAUAUUGCAGAAAUAAAAUAAGAGUUGGACACAAGCUCAGUGCACAUGUUGUGGGUUGCAGCAAAUCAAUCUUUCUUUUAAGAAUGGGGAACCUGUGAAGUUAUCCUUUGUUAUGUACACAAGCUCACUGCACAUAUUGAAGGAAUCUAUUCUUAAUCUUUUAAUUCCUCUUUCAGAAUGCUGCUGCAGAUGCACCUUCAAAGAUUUAUUACCCCCCUGUAGCUGUUGUUUCAAUAUCCUAUCCAAAAGAAGCUAUUCUGACAGAAUGCUUGAUAGAUGGUGAGCUUAAGGGAUUUGGUCAAUUGCAUCCACGAUCCCAAGGAGUGGAGACUUUAGGAACAAGAUAUAGCUCAUCAAUUUUCCCUAACCGGGCUCCUCCUGGACAGCUUCUACUAUUGAAUUUCAUUGGAGGAGCUACCAAUCCUGGAAUGUUAUCAAAGAUGGAUAGUGAACUCAUUCAAGUAGCUGAUUGAGAUUUGCGAAAAAUCCUUAUAAACCCAAAUGCCAACAAUCCAACUGUACUAGGUGUGAAACUGUGGCCUAAAGCCGUUCCACAGUUCUUAAUUGGCCAUGUUGAUCUACUAAAUGUUGCUAAAGCCGCUCUCAAAGACACCGGGUUUGCGGGGCUGUUCCUUGGGGGGGAAACUAUGUGUCUGGUGUUGCCUUGGGAGCAUGUGUUGAAGGAGCCUACGAGUUAGCUGCCAAAGUAAAUUAUUUUCUUUCAGUGUCUUUAAAAAUAGUGACAAACCCAAUAUUUCUCAACUUCUAUGAAUUAGAUUCAUAGACAAAGCUUCUCAAUUUUGCUUCUAUUGAAGAUCAUGGGCGGCUUCUGUUGCAGACAGAUGUAAGUCCUCCUUAUAUUGUGUUGGUUUAUCUAUUCUAGACACAAGUAAGAAACUAGGCAUCUGUUUGGUUCUGCCACAAUACUUCCCUUGUCACACGCAUCAAGGAGGUUGACAUGUUACAUUAAGUAAACUCAGAUUUUCUAACAUUGCACAACAAUUUCUGUAUCUUGAACUCUUGUCCAUAUCUUCUGUGAUGACAUGUAAAAAGGUGUUGGAUGUUGCACCUGGUUACUCAAAUUCUUUUUGUAAUGAAGUCAAUCAGCUAUAA